CUGAUUUUAACAAAAGGAACAGGACAUAGUAAAAGUUUUCUUGAUCGACUCUCAACUCAGAUCACUUUCCUUCAUCUUUCACAUUUUCACAUUUUCAUAUUCACAUUCACAGUCAUAUCACCACUACCUUCUUCGUCAUCAUCAUCAGCAUCAUCAUGCCAGAAAAGAAAACUAUCCUUGGUACUGGUGGAGCUGGUUAUAUUGGAUCACAUGUGGUCUUAUGUUGUUUAUUAACUAGAAAAUAUAAAGUUGUCACUAUCGAUAACUUUCACAAUUCAUUUCCAGAAGCCAUUAAAAGAGUUUCUAAAAUCGCUUUAAAUGAAUUACCAACUAAUUCAUCAGAUCAAGAUAAAUUAGAUACGAAUGUAAAAGUUUAUAAAGGAGAUAUCACCAAUAAAUCAGAUAUUGAAAACAUAUUUAAAUCUGAAGAGAUUUGGGGUGUCAUUCAUAUUGCGGCUCAUAAAGCUGUUGGUGAAAGUGGUGAGAAACCUAUUCAAUAUUAUGAAAAUAAUAUAACGGCUACUAUUAAUUUAUUAGAUGUCAUGAACCGAAACGGAUGUUAUAAUUUAGUUUACUCAUCAUCAGCCACAGUAUACGGAGCCCCAACAGAGAUCCCGAUUCCCGAAUCAUCUCCCUUAACACCUGAAUCAGUUUACGGACGAACAAAGAUGAUGAGCGAAUUGAUCAUCAAAGAUUUAUGUGAUUCACAACCUACCAAAUGGAAAUCGAUCUCCUUACGUUACUUUAAUCCUGCUGGAGCACAUCCUUCUGGUAUGAUUGGUGAAGAUCCGGUUGGGAAACCGGGGAAUCUGUUACCUUUGUUGGCUCAAAUGGCCGUUGGUAAGAUUCCUCAUGAUUUGAAAAUCAAUGGAAAUGAUUAUCCUACUAGAGAUGGAGCUUGUAUACGUGAUUAUAUUCAUGUCAUGGAUCUUGCUGGUGGUCACAUUAAUGCCUUAGAUGGAUUAUCAAAAGAAACUACUUGGGAAACACCUUGUCCAGGUUUCAAAUCAGGUUUCGGAACAAGUGGUGGGAAAUAUAAAGCUUACAACUUGGGUAAAGGUCGUGGUCAAAGUGUUUUUGAAAUGAUUGAAGCUAUGAGAAAAGCUACUGGAUUUGAUUAUAAGUAUGAGAUCAUUGGUAGAAGACUUGGUGAUGUACCUGAUCUUACGGCUGAUCCUUCACUUGCUAAAAAAGAACUUGGAUUCGAUGCUUCUCGUGAUUUGGAUACCAUGUGUCGUGAUCUUUGGAAUUGGCAAAGUCAAAAUCCUAAAGGUAUUCUUUCUUUGAUCUCCUUGAAUUGGGUUGUAAAUGGACCAUUGAUUCCUUUGUUUCUGAAUUACUUUUGA